CCGCUAGUUCAUUUCACUGGUGAGGUCACCACCUAGGUGGAUAGCAGAAAUUUCGCUCUUUCUAGCUAUUUUCUCAGUUGAUCAUUAUGUGGUCCAUUCGUGUCUGAAAGUCUUUAACUAUGCACUAGUUUACAGACUAGCUUAUGGGCUAUAAUCCGUGAGAGAUUGGUCCUCCUUGCUUUAUGGUAGCGAGCUCCAUAUACUUAAACUGUAAAUUUCCUCCAAUGCUCAAUACGUUGAUCGACGACUACUUUCAGACUCCUAUAUAUAUGCGCUUCAGGGUUUUACUGACUAAGCAAAAGUGAGCUUUGCUACAGGCUAGGAGAGUGAUACUUGCUGCUUAUCGAUCUGUGCCCACGCUGGUAUGUUUACAUAGUUUGUUCAAUUUGGAACCAUGUCUAUCCCACAAGAACAACAUGUACCACCUACUGGGAUCCAAUUAACCACCACCAUCGACAUUUUGGCAGAUUUACCUAAACCUAACACACCUUCGCUUCAUCUACUAGAACACAAAAAUAGUAUGUAUCAUCUCUAAUAUAGUUUCCAUUCAUAUAAUUCAUACUGACAUAAUUGGUAAAGCAAAUGUAGGAAUACAAUAUGAAGUGGUAGAUCCAUGUAGUUGUACCUGGCAGUGAAUUCCAUUGACUGUUUGAAAUUCAUAAAACUUGCUAAGUUAACGUACUGCAAUAUAUCUCGACAACUUUAUAUCCAACAUAUCAAUUAUAUUUUCUAUAUAAGUACCUUAGCCUGCUUAAUUUUUUUUUUUUUUUGAGAAAAUGAGAUAAUAUCAUUCAAUUAUCCAUGGCCAGAAGGCAUGUACAUCGAAUGUUGUCUUACACCAAAAGGUGAGAUAUACACAGGAGAGAUAUACCUUAGCCUGCUUAAUGAAACUACACAGGAGAGAUAUACCUUAAGAUAUGUGUGCCUCCAUAUAAAUAUGCACUAAAAGGUGAUUGGGAAGCUGCUGAACAAAUCUUGGGAAAGGAUCGAACACUUUUGAGUGCUAGCAUAUCAAGAGGGUGGGACACUGUCCUACAUAUUGCUGCUGGAGCAAGACAUAUUCACUUCGUGGAGAAACUGGUCAAAAUCAUGGACAAAGAAGACUUGGCACUCCAAGACAUAAAUGGAAACACUGCCCUAUGCAUUGCUGCUGCGGCAGGAUCUGUAGAGAUUGUCCAAAUUUUGAUAAAACAUAAUGAUUCUUUGUUGACAAUUCGAGGAGGUCAAAAAAUGGCGCCACCCUAUAUGGCUGCUGUGUUAGGACGGUCAGAAAUGGCAUGGUAUCUGUACCCUAAAAGUAAAAGGAUGUUGGAGAAAACUGACCUCGAAAACUUGUUCUUUUCGUGCAUCAACAAUGGUUUGUAUGAUUUAGCCUUACAGUUGCUAGAUACUAAUACAGCAUUAGCCAAGGCACGUACUGAUAGGCCGAAAAAUAAAACAGCCUUGCAUAUCUUGGCUCGAAGGACUUUAGUAUUCGGAACCCGAAGUCCAGGAAUGUGGGGUAGACUCAUUAAAUCAUCCUCCCAAGUUUUAAGUUUGCAUUCAAAAGAAAUUUGAAUCAAGCUGAUGAAGCACUUCAGCUAGUCCAACGCCUUUGGGAAGAAAUUUUGAAAGAUGAGCAUGAUGACGUGAUGAGGCUGAUCAAAUAUCCCUCAAAUUUAAUAUUUGAUGCAGCAGAAAUAGGGAAUUAUGAGUUCUUGGCAGUGCUUAUGAGCUCUUACCCUGAGUUAGUAUGGGAAACUGAUGAAAAAAAUCGAACUAUAAUCCAUGUCGCAGUUCUGCAUCGUCCUGCAAAUAUCUUCAAUCUAGUGCAUGAGAUAGGCUCAAUCAAGGAUGUCAUAGUGACUUUUGAGGAUGAUCAAGGUAAUAAUAUAGUGCAUAUGGCUGCAAAAAUAGCACCUCAAAAUCAAUUGAAUCUAGUGUCGGGUGUAGCUCUUCAAAUGCAGCGAGAGUUAGUAUGGUUUGAGGAAGUAAAGAAGAUUGUGCAACCUCAAUAUAUAGAGAUGGAAAACAAGAAAGGAAAAACACAAGAAUUAUUCACUAAGGAGCAUCAGACGUUGAUGCGUCAAGGAGAAAAAUGGAUGAAGGACACUGCAACUUCAUGCUUGCUCGUUGCCACUAUUAUUGCAACUGUUGUAUUUUCUGCUGCAUUUAGUAUACCAGGUGGCACAGAUGAGCAUACAGGAAAGCCAAACUUUUUGAAAGAGAAAGCGUUUUUAUACUUUACUAUAGCUGACGGAGUGGCACUUUUUUCCUCUUCAACUGCAAUGCUGAUGUUCUUGUUCAUCCUCACCUCACGGUAUGCAGAAAACGAUUUCCUCAUGUCCUUGCCCUUGAAGUUGAUGAUUGGGCUCACUUGCCUCUUCGUCUCAAUAGCAUCUAUCAUGAUGGCUUUUAGCACUGCCUUCUAUUUGUCUUGUCAAUAUGGAUCAAGAUGGACUCCAGAUCUUACAUUUUUCUUUGCAAUUGUCCCUAUUGCUUUAUAUGCAUUUAUGCAAUUUCCUCUUGUGUCUGAUAUGUCAUCUUCAACAUUUUGUUCAAGUCUUCUAUUUCAGCCAUGGAAACAUAUGAUAUACUAGAAAGUUACGCUGAAAUGCUAUACAUAUUUUAUCUAGUUAAACCUUUUGGUCCCUAGCUACAAUAAAUUCUAGCUAGAAUGAAGUUGUAAUUACAGAUUGAUAGUCUAUGCUGUACAUGUAAGGCACAAAAGGAUAACAUGGUAUCAGUUUUACUCUU